AUGACGGUGUGGGCAGGUGGUAGUGUGGAGAGGUUGGUAAGUAUGAUUGAUGAGGAAAUGAUGAUUGGAUGGCCGGUGGAGGUUGGGGGGGGUGUAAGGGGUUGGGGGGGAAGGAAUAGGGGGGGGGGGGGGGGGUUUAAGGGUAUGGGUAGAAGGAAUGGAAUAUGGGGAUUUGAGGUUUGGAGGGGGGGUGGUGGGUUGGGUGGGUUUGGUGGUGGGGUAUGGGGGGGUUGUUUGGUGUGGUGUGGGGGGGGGGGGUUUGUAGGUGGUUGUAAUGGGUUUGAGGUGGUGGUGGGGGGGUUUUGGGGGUUGUUGGGGGUUUUUGGUGUUUUGGGUUGGGUUUUGGGUGGUUUGUGGGAUAAUGUGGGGGGGAGGGGGGUGUGUGGUGGGUGGUGUGGGGGUGGGGGUGGAAGGGGUGGGGGAGGAUGGGGGGGGGUGGGGUUAUGGAAGUAUGGUGGAAAUAGUUGUGUUAGGGGUUGGGUUUUGAGAAGAAGGAAGAGAAUAGAUUUUAUGGGGGGGGGAAUAGUGGGGUAUGGUGUUGGGUAUGGGGUGGGGGGCUGCAUCGCAAUAUCCGACUGA